AAUUACAAUAGGCCGAAUGGAGAGAAGACCAUUGAUCGGCGCGUGAUUUUGAACAAAUGGAUGGUAAAGAUGUCCUCGAUUAAAAUUUUUCUAAAAUGGCCAGUGAACAAUAUGUGAUUCCUGAAAAAAUGUUGAAGGAAAAUGUUGCAAGUAGCUGAUGGCAUUAUUUAUAGAGUGCUUGGAAUUCCAGCUUGAGUGCUCGGUAAAAGCGUCAGCAAUCUGCUGAUUAAGUAUACCUUGCCGAUAAUUAAUUGGACAUCAUGGCUGCAAAUGGUGAGAAAACUGCAGGUGAGACGAAUGGCAGUGAGGCUUCAGGAAACAUCCUGAUAAAACCUGAUGGUGAUCACCAGGGUCAAAGUGGCAACCAGGCUGCAGGAACAGUUCGUCUUGUGAGUGGAGCCACAGGUGGAGGUGGGGGUGUCCCCGUGCAAGUCCUGACCCCUCAGAUGCUAGCGAGCCUCUCACAGCAAGGACUCAUCAUCCAAAACGACGGCGAUAGCAAAGGAAUCCUGCAAGCCGUCAAACGGGCACUGCCAUCAUCUUCUGCAGAGCAAACUGUAACAAAGGUUGUGAUCACGCGCAACCCUGGGAACAAGACGUCCUCUGCGAACGCGUCCGGCACGAACCCUUCUUUUAAAUUGCAAGGCGAUUCCAAGCUGCUGGGGAGUGGGUCGCCCAUUAAGGUCAUAACUGUGUCACAAGGAAGCAACAUUCCAAAGGGUGUGGUCAUUGCAAGCUCACCUAGUAAACAGACUAUCGCUCCAUCAAAUAAGAUUGCACUACCUCCCGUCAAAAGCCCUGGAAAGACAAUCAUGCUCGCGAGUUCCACAACGCCGAAAAAGAUUGCACCUGCAUCAAACUCUGGCACAGUGGGGCAGACUAUUUUAGUAAAGGGGAGCAUGGGUUCGACUCCAGGAACAAUCACAUUGAGCUCGGGGGCUGUAGCCAAGGUCAUCAAUGUUAUGAACACAACUGUUGCCUCAUCACAGGUAUCUGGAGUCGCUCCUGGCUCGGCUGUCCCCGUUCAGAUCCACACCGCAGGUCAAGUGCAGCCCCAGCUAACCCCAGGUGUGACCACCCUCAGACCAGCGGGCAAUCUCCCUGGUCAAGGGAAUGUCCAAGCGGUCAGUAUGCCAGGGAAAUCAUUUCCAAUUGUCCGACUCGUGACUGUUUCAACAAACACCACCACCACUGCAACACAAGCUAAGCCAGUCAUCCAGCUGGCCAACGCCAAGCCCAUCGCUCCAGCCCCUGUCAUAGCUCAAGCCCCAGCCCCCGCUCAGGCCCAAACCCUCUCUUCCUUGACCACACUGACCUCCACUGGUCAAGUUGGAGGGGCAGCCCCUAGAACUAUCAACAUACCCAUAGCACCGGCUCAGAAUGUCAACAAAGGCGCUGUACAAGGAGGGACUGGUAACCAGCCACGGUUCAUCAUGCCGGCCAAUGCCCAAGUGAAGAUCAUUAAUGCAGGAAAACUGGCACCAGGCACCACGCUGUUAUCGGCAGGCGGUAAUCUACUGCAGAGCUACGCCGUGAUACCGGCUCACUACCUUUCACAGACGGCGUCGAGUCAAGCGCAGGCGACCACCCAGUCCAGUUCUUCCUCCUCAUCCUCCUCCCAAUCCAGUAGCACCAGCAACAUCCAGCCAUCACAGCCCCAGCCGGCCCCCAUCAAACACCCCAGCACAGCCAAUAACGGGAUGUUGGCUGGAGAUGGGACUGGAAACAGGCCACGCAAACCUUGCAACUGCACCAAAUCUCAGUGCCUAAAACUGUACUGCGACUGCUUUGCCAACGGAGAGUUCUGCCGCAACUGCAAUUGCAACAACUGCCUCAACAACUUGGAUCACGAAGACGAGCGAACCAAGGCGGUCAAGGCGUGCCUGGACAGGAACCCUAUGGCCUUUCACCCCAAGAUAGGCAAGGGGCAAAACGGUCAGACUAACAGACGGCACAACAAGGGGUGCAACUGCAAGCGAUCGGGAUGCCUGAAGAAUUACUGUGAAUGCUACGAGGCCAAGAUCCUGUGCUCCUCUCAUUGCAAAUGUGUCGGGUGCAAGAACUUUGAGGAGAGUCCAGAGCGCAAGACCCUGAUGCACCUGGCCGAUGCGGCGGAGGUCCGGGUCCAGCAGCAGACCGCCGCUAGGACCAAGCUCUCCUCGCAGCUCCAAGACUACCCAACCAAGACCAGAGAGUUCAGCGAUACAGGAGAGAGGUUACCAUUUUCAUUCAUCACCAAAGAGGUGGCAGAGGCAACGCUCCAGUGUCUGAUGGCUCAAGCCGAUGAGAGCGAGCGAAGUAACCACAGCUCGGCCUAUGCGGAAUCUCUUAUCUUAGAAGAGUUUGGACGCUGCAUACUUCAGGUUAUCCACUCUGCCAGUAAAGCAAAAGGUGUGAAUCCUGAGUAGUGUCUUCCAAGUUCUUGUGAAUACUCUAUCAGCGUAGAUUCAUCACCAGGGGAGCAUUUCAUCAACUUUAAGUGUCCGACAAGUUGUCAGCUCUGACAGUUUUCCUUGAAUCUGAUUGGCAGAGAAGCACAGUUACUAUGGCAACUGUUGGAUGAAAUAGGACUUGUCGGGUGUAAAACAUCUGACAAGUCCUUCCAUGAAAUCCUCCCCAGAUAUCUCCAGUACAGAAUACAUCACGGCAACUACCAGGCUUGUAUCAUACUAGGGCUCCUUGAACAUAAUUCUUCCAAUCAGGGAGGUGUUUCACAAAGAUUUAACUGUGGCUAAUGACGCAUGGCAUGAAGGUUGCGAUCAAUUGCAAGUCUAUUUUCAAUCCCUGAAUAAUUCAUCUGUCUUGUACUUGAUGUAAAUUUGUGAUCGAUUGCCGAUCUGCUUCUUGUAAGAAGGAGUGUAAUGCAGGGGCCGUUUCAUAAGUUGUUCGCAAGUUAAGAGCGACUUUAAGAACUACUGGUGAUCCUUUCUCGUGGUAAAUGAUAACCAAAAAAUUUCAUUUGCGAUGGUUUAGCACAUAAGAAAGGUUCACCAGUUGUUCUCAAAGUCGCUCUUAACUUACGAACAGCUC